CAGUUGUGUUCCAUUUAGGUGUGUGUUUUCUCCUGGCGAGCUUUCGUGAUACGGUCGCCAUUCAUUCCCGUGGAAGCUUAAGCCCGUGAGGUGUUGGUCGUGACCCAUUUAUGCGUCUACCAGUCUGAUCACAAGCUUUUUCAAUCUUAUGAUCCCAUACAUUGAACCAACAACCAAGGUGCUGGGACGGCCGGAGAUGCACUUUUAGAUAGGACGCAACAAAUGCGAAUCAACAAAACAACCACACGGGACGCAGCCGCAGCGAAGAAGGCGCGCAACCGGAAGCGCUGCCGGUAGCGCAACUCAAUCGCAGCGCCAUUGGUCAGUGACGGCCUCGGAAAACACACCAGGGGUGCCCUUAUGUCUGAAGCCAUCCUGGGUCUGGAGUUCGGAAAGCCACAGGCCCCUCCAUCCAUGAAUGGGGGGGACAACCCUGACAACAAUGAAGCCCAAAGGCCAGAGGAGGCAGAAGAUGACGAGGACGGUCCACCCCCGAGCAAGCGCAGCAGGCGCCGAAAAACAGUCGGAUUUGACAGCGUCACUGUUUACUACUUUCAGCGCAUGCAAGGCUUCACGUGUGUGCCCAGUCAGGGUGGAUCCACGCUCGGAAUGAGCCCUAUGCACGUGGAGAAGCGCACAUUCAGUCUGCAGCAGCAUGCCCACGAGCGGCGCAGGCUGCAGUUUGGCGAGGUUGACUGUAGCAACACAUCGUCGUCUAGCUCUCUGUCUCCAGAUGACACUGCUGGACCUUCAGCCGGGGAUGGUGGCAAUGCAUACCAGGGUGGCAGUUCCGCUCUAGAAGCCGUCGAGGACACUCCAGAGGAAGACGAUGCGGAGACGCUGAGUUACCUGCAGCCCGUGCCAACACGUCAGCGGCGGGCGCUGCUGCGUGCCAGUGGGGUGCGCAAGAUUGAUGCAUUGGAAAAGGAGGAGUGCCGUGACAUCCGGGCAUCGCGGGAGUUCUGUGGCUGUGCCUGCAAGGGCCGUUGCUUGCCAGAAACCUGCUCCUGCUCCAUUGCAGGCAUCUCUUGUCAGGUGGACCGGCUUUCGUUCCCAUGCGGCUGCACCCAGGAGGGCUGUGGCAACACUUCAGGCCGUACUGAGUUCAAUCCAGUCCGAGUGCGUGCCCACUUCCUGCGCACGCUCAUGCGUCUCGAAAUUGAAAAGCAGGGGGCGGCAGGCGACCUGACGGGCGACCUGACUGGUUUCCAGUGCGUCAAUCCCCACCAGCUGAUCUACUACAAUGCAGCUGCAGCGGUGGCUGCAUCUGCGAACGGGACUGCAGCACCUGGUGUCAUGGCCCUUCCUGCUGCAGCGUGCCAUUACAGCUCGGAAGAGGAAGACGAAGAGGACAGUUCUUACUCGGAGAAUUCUGACUACUCCACGGAGGAGGAGGAUGGCAGCGGCGGCGAUGCCACUGACCUGACUGAUGGCAGGCCCGGCUCUCCACACCGGGACUACACGGACCUCAGCUGUGCAGUGGCCAGGGGAAGCCCCGCACUGGCAUCACGCGGUGUCGUGCCGGUGGACCCUGUGUUUGUGGGUUGUGGAGACUGCGCCACUGACGGACUGAUGGUGUCCCCAGCGGAAGGCUCUCAGGCGGCCUCUUCGACGACUGAGGAGGGCGAGGGAUCCUCGUCGACAGCGACUACCGACAGCACCUUUGGCGAGAUCAUCAAGGCUUCACUGGGCGAAGUGGCCACCUUGUUGUGAAAGAAGCCAGGACACUUUUCCCUUGUGACUGCGGGAGGGCCACCAUGUGGUCCCCUGUUGAGUUUUCAAAAACUGGGUGUGCUGGACUUGCCAUGUCAUUCGCAUGCGUAUAGCUUGCAGUGCCCAUUUUCCUCAGGCAUGCCCAUGAACAUUUCUUUUGUUUUCCUGUUCUUUGUUUUGCUUACUGUUUUGUUUGUGUGGCUUUCCAUAAUUACAUUCUUAUGGUCUAGAAAUCGUAUCUGCCUUUGGCAGUAGUCAGUCAGUAGCAUGCUGUUUUUUGUCCAGCAAAUGCGCAAUUUGUAUGUGAGAAGGCUUCUGUGUGCCAAGUACAUGCAUUAUAUGGAGCUGUAUAGCUCAUGUACUUGCAUGUUGAGUGCAUGUCUGUAGAGUGUGCACAGUAUACAUUAUACUGUGCACACCGUGGAGUAUACAGGGUGCAAGGAACGGUGUGCAGGCACUUAAAAGCAAGCCACCUAGUAUGGGAUGUCAGAGUGACACACGGCACAGGCAGUGAUGGUGUGCCAUUUUUUGUUUCCUCAAUAGCGCCCGCAGAUGCAGUGAUCAUUAACCAUUUGCCCAGAGAGUUUUCAGUAGGAUGCUCAUUUGGCGCAUCAAGUGUGGCUAGUAUGUCUGGCAUCACUCGAAGCUUGAACUGCUGAUGCUGUGAGCAGAAUGGGCGUAGUAGUGGAAAGCUUGUGAUGGCAAUGACUGAAACUCCAUCCUGUUGGCGUAAAAAUGGAUCUCUGUCGUGCUAGCUCACAAGUUUCAGCAGUCAUAACUGACGUGAAAGUAAUGGUACUCUCUUGGGCAUCAUGGUUGUCAGAGAUAUGCUGAACUUGCCUUGGAGAACAAGUGAAGUUGAUUGUUCGGGAAAAGGCAGAUGCCAGGGAAAACUUUUUGUGGGGGAGGCAGUUUCUUUCGAGCAUGUCACAGAUCUUAAUAAUGCAAAUUAAUUCUUGUAUGGAAGAAUUGAUUAAUCAUAGGUAGCGGAAAGAGAAUUUAUAGCGAGGGUUCAUAGUUCUCAGUAUUUUGUUUCUUGAAUUUUUGGCAUACUUCUUUUUAAUUUGAAAGAACAGUUUUCAGUUUUUGUUUUCUUCAGUGACUAGUAAGUCACUCCAAAGCAUCAAAGCUUACUAUAUCUUUUUGCAGCUGUUGAUGUUUCCAGAUUGGUAUUGUUGCAAUAUGUGCCAUCACAUAUUUCACAGUACCCGUUUUUUUUUGUUCUAGUGAGUGGUAAAAUGUCUGAAUUUGUAAAUGUGCCACAGAAACUGUAUUGUUGUGUACAGACGUGCACAGAUGUGUGUUGUUUAAAACAGUUUUUAGAUCUCGAAAUUUUUUGUGUGCGUUUUGGUCUAACUGAAAACUAUGAACCCUAACUGUAGUGGUAGUGAUGCAGUACACACUAGGUAUGAAUCCCACAUGCAUGCUAUACAGAGAAAUUAACUCCUCCACCAUACUGUGUCAGUCUUCAAAGCAUGAAAGGCUUCCCAAUGACAUCCCAUCCAGGCUUGUACUUAGUGCCGGGAAAGAAAAAGUCAGAUGUACGCCUGUCCGUCAGUGGAAGCGGUCAGAGCUGCUCUGAACCAUAUUUUUCCAUAACUACUUUAAGAAGGCAGCAUUGGAUUUUUGGUUCAGAAUUUGGAUGUUUUUGGUUCGAAAGGACGUGGAGACGGAAAGUACAACAAUGUUGGAGGCACCGACGGUAGCCAGUGCAGCUGCCAUAGCCAAGCAUCUGACGACCCUGCUGUUAGAUUGCAGCCUGCAACGUCAUUAAUUGCUUCUAUAUGUUGCGGCCUACACUGUGCGCAGUGUAUUUCUCUCCCUUAAUAAGAACUGUCAUCAUAUUACAGUGCACGUAGUGCAUGCAGUGCAGUUUUAUUUUCUGCCAUUAAUGCUGUCUGCAUCCGUGUGUUAACAGCUGUGUUGCUACUAAGGCUAUGCACAUCUAAGCACACAUUACUAAAGAAAGGAAGUGCACGUGAGAACAACGAUUGUUAUUGUCAUGGUAUGAGGGUACACCCACUAAGGGUGUAAAAUUUUUGUUAGGAAAUAUUCCCAGCUCGGUCUUUUGUGUGAGAGGCAUGGUUCAGCGGACCGAGAGUACUACUGUUCAUUGGCAGUAAUAAUGGCGGCAAGGGGGCAUGCUUGCGCCAUUUUGCAGGUCACGAAUUCAAGCGGACAAAUCCCACUCAGCCUUGUGUGCAAUUGUUUGUGACUGUUCUAGCUGGACAUCGCUAAGGUGUAACUAUGGUGGCGAUGCCCACAUAUGUGUUGUCAAAGCUUGACUUGGAGAGAAGGCAUUUCAUGCUUCAUACCUACCUUUGACGACGAAGCAAUCUGCAGAUAUAUUUUUUUUCUUUUUUGUGUGUCUGUGGUGUUCAUGCUCAAGAAUGCUCGAAUGUCAAGCAUGCCAGUCAUAUUCUAUCUGACAGAAAUGUCUGGUAGUACCAGGAAAGCUGCAUUGACUCUCGUUAGUUCCUUACCAUUGUGAGUGUAGUUGGGGAUGCUCACAGAAUCUAGUGUUGUUCAGGGGAUGUUCAAUUAAUGCUCGUGGACAAGGGAUCCUUCUUGAGCGUUCCUUAUGUGGAGUGUGUAGCUUCACAUGGAUAAGUAACCUAGAAAAGGAGUGAGCUUGUAAUGGCGCCAUUAUGUUGUUGCGUUUAUCAUAAUUUUCCCUCCUUACAAGCUUUUGGCAUCCAUGGUCAUGGAGACCACCUAAAGGGUCAUGUUCUGCCCGUGUGCCCUCUUUUUGCCACCACAGUGUUUUGUUUUCAAGAUGUGCUUUUAGUGCAUAUACUUUGUUGAUGCAGACUGACACAUGACCUAUCUGUGGUUAAGAAAACCUCUUGGCUAGCAGCAGGACUUCACUAGUACCUUUGCAACGGUGCUUGAUGAUGCCCUGGCAGUGGAGGCCAGUGCUGCUUACCAUAAUGUUGCGCAUUUGAUGCCUGUCAGAUGAGCGCUGCCAACCCGUCAAGUCAAUCCUGCCCAUCUUUCAAUCCAAAAGCUUCCUAUAUGCCCACGGUUCUUUUGGAAAGUGUGCUUAUUCAUUUACAUUGAGACAGUAUGUUUUUAAUUGAACAAAAAUGUUUGAAUUAACAACAUAAAGACGAUUAAGUUAAGAACAAUUAAGAAGAACAACAAAGAGACCUGAAGCAACUUCUGUACACUGCUGAGAAGCUCUCAAACUAUUUUGUCACAUGUUGAGCCUAAAUUAUUUAUUAAUGGUCAUGAAAUUUUGAUUCUAAUUAAACUGAGGUCAUUGCAUAACAAUCAAAGCAGUAUAGGCACAGAGAAGGCUUUCUCCCCAAAUCGCAUCGCUAAAACAGAGAUAACAGUGCAAAUCAAAUUGGUAGAGUGUACCAAUCUGUGCAGGAUCAGUGUUUUGCUGAGAACAUUGCCUCAAUAGUGUAAGGUUCUGCACUUGAGCAUCUUGUAAUUUUUACCCCCCUCAAUUCUUAGGACUGUAUUUCAGAAGAACAUUUUCAAUGAAUAUACCUAGGCAUGCUUUAAGCCUUUUUCUACUUUAGGGAUUGGCUAUUUGGAAGCAAGAAAAGGUUGCUUAGAUUUUGCAUAGUAUUAGCGUUAUAGAUAGCAUUUACAUGGCCCACUAACUUGCCUUUUGUUGUCAAUUGUCGGUAUUGGUUGGAACCAUUUUCUGAAAGAUCCCUACAUUACUUUACAGAAGGUUAAAGGCAUAUAUUAAUGAGAUGCUUUAUUGUUGCUGUUCAUGCUCUUCCUAUUGUAUAUGAGUGAUAGCUUGCUUGGAGCCCUUCAUUCUGAGGGCACAUCGUCCGUCCAUUAGCCACUAACUUCGUAGCAUACAUUAGGGAAGGCCCACAAAUACAGAAACCCUACCAUAGGGAGGCCAAACAUCCGAGUGGAAGCAAACUCUCUUUUGCCAAGCAUUGAAACUAGCAGGCCAUAUUUGGAACCCAUAUAUAUAGGUGUACCGAAGUGAAAGUGUAUUUGCUUCUUUGAGCUUUCCUAUAACAUUUUUUGUAAAAAUGAAAGAAAAACAUGUUUUAUUUGUAACAUGAAUUGGCAGUUCAGAAAGCCUGGCACAAUCCUUAUUUGCCAGGAAUAGCAAAUAUUUUUUUUUCUUUGGCAGAAAAAUAAAAAAGUUUUCAAUUCCUUUUGAACCAACAGAGUACUUGUUCAGAAUUGAAGAGCUUCAGUGUGUUCACUAGGUUUGACUAACCGAAAAAAAAAGGCAUUUUAAGUUCCUCAGUUUAGGGGAACAAUAGGGUUGGCAGCGCUGCAUCAAACAGCCCAUGUUUGCCUACUCUCUUAUUUUCCCCCCUUGUGUGUUCCCUGCUCAUCUUUUCUAUAUCUGUACACCAUUGUCUGCCAUGUGGAAAGCUUGUUCCAUGACUUGAGUGGUGGUGUGUACACUGCUGGUACUUGAGCGAAACUGUGAUGAUGGGGCUCGUUUGUGUUGCACUUAAGUUUGAGACUUCCAGGGCACAAGAUAGAAGCCUUUGUUUCAGAGCCAAGAGCCAUAUGAUAUACUGUCUCAUGCUGCACUGUGACCAAGCCGCCCCCCCCCCCCCUCCCCCUCAUACACACAAAAAGGUCCCAACGCUAUUGCAGACAUUUGGUGUUGUUUGUUUUCCAUUGAGGCUUGUGUGUUUUUCCUUUUUUUUUUCCCCUAAUGACUCUGAAGGACUUGCAGAACGUUUAUUUUGAAUAUGUGUACAAGCAGUUUCAACACAGUGUCCCAAGUGCAGUGAUGCUGCUUCUGUACGGUUCAUUGCAUUAAAGAUUGCAGAAGAGUUCUGCACUGAGGUGUUUCUG